AUGGCCAGGCCUCUUGCAGGAUCUCCAGCAUUUUGUUCCAGAAGCCAAGGCUACAAAAGCAGCGAGGCUUAUGAAUCAGGCUAUACAUCUUUGGAGAACACGACUUGUGAGACAGAGCAAGAGGCAUAUGUUUCUUCGCUGGAGCAGUCGCUUGAAGAAGUAGGAACUGACCACGUUUGCCAGAUCCGCUCCAUUUUUCAGCGCGCAGUGGCUGCGUUGUCUCCGCCACGCUAUUGCACAAUGGAUUCCUGGUCGCAACCAGCAGGGCCUAGGAGAGAGGUGCAAGUUCGGCUCCGGAAAGUCGUCUUGACUUGUUUGGGAAGCUUGGACUUAGAUGAUUCCAAAGUUCAACCGGCCUUGCGGUUUCUCAGAUCAAGACGUUUCAGGAGCUUGACACUGAAGACCACAAGAUUGGUUGCGAGAAGCAGUGGCACUUGCAAGGAGUCAAGUCUUGCAUGUCCUUUGCGAGUUCAGAGAAGGACCCUGGAAGACCUAGAAGUUGGAUGA